GCACUUACGCACACACUCACCUUUAAACGACAGAAACGGGGCUCUCACAGCUUCCUGGCGGACCGUUGACGGUGCGUCAUCUUGUCGCGCGACCGAAGGGACCCCGUGAAGCUCGUGCACAUGACAUGUUCGGGUCAGUUUUGCAGUAUGCUCCAAAACGUAUCCGUUUCUAUCAGCUUUCGGCUGUUGUUGUUUCCCCGUUAUGACUGAGGACGACCAACCUAAAGUCUGGAGACAUACCUGGCUAAAUUGUUUUUCAUCUUUGUGGAGCGUUAAUGGCCUAAAUGAUUUCUAUGGAGACAAAACAUGAGAUCUGCAGCCCUUUUGUUCGUCGGCGCAACAGUUUGAGGAAAACGUGUGCAGAGAUAGUCAGUGAAGCCAGGCAGUCCCUGCGGGUUCAGUCCACCCAGAGACCAUUUACUCCAAGAGAUGGACACAGACAGCUUUUUGGGCGGAACUCUGUUCGAGCAAAUCGUGACAGCAGACCCCCAUCUACAUUUAGUCUCCAUACUCAAAAUUUUGAUGCUUCUGACUCCAGACCAGGCUCAGGAUCCCGCCUCUCGCCCCUGGAUCAUAAACCAAAAUUUCCAGUCACCUGUGAUUCUGAUAAUCCAUUCAAGUCCUUUCCCAAACCCCCCACUGACCCAUUGGAGGCGAGGAGGGGACUAUCAGGGUCCCGGGCACGCCUUCUUAAGGCAGGAUCUCUUAACAAGUUGCUGCCUUUAGAAUCAUAUACAGAAGUGAAAAAAAGAGGUCCUGGACAGCAGCAGCAGUCAGCUAGCCGUGUUUUCAGCAAAGACCACACCACAGUUCACAGUGGUCCUCUCAAAGCUGGCCCACGCAGAGCAGCGAGUGAAAGUAAAUUAGUGCAGCCUGGUGUUGACUCAGGAGCCAGAGCUACAGACUCUAGAGCAGAACAAAAAACAGAGCUGGGGUUCAAAGACAAUGACAGAUGCACAAAGGAGGAUUCAGAAUCAUUGGUGUUGAAUGAUAUGAUUGCUCCAUGUCUUCAUGAGCUGGAAAUGGUGGCUGCAGUCCCAGGCAGCUCCAAAGACUCAGUGGACCACCUGUGUGAGUUGUGUGACCGUCUCCACGCCACCUUGGCAGAGGCAAACAUGCUCGGUCGACACUGUAAGGGAAGGUCAGGGAUCCUGCGAGCACUGUUCCGCCUCAUCGACCUCAAGUCUGCCCAGCUCAACCUGCACAUCGCCAAGCUCUGCCUCGAUCUGUGUGUCAGUGGAAACAAUUUGCUCAACAUCUGUAAGCUCAUCUUCCAGAUCAGCCGCAGUGACAGCAACGACAUCCUUUUCGAGAACAACUCUGUGAUUGACUCAUUGCUUGGGGUAUUAAACAAUGAGGAAGUGAACACAUCAGGGGAAGCUCUGCUGUACUGUGUUGGUACUUUUAAAUUCAUCUCCGGAAACGCAGCUGUCCUCAAGCAGUUAUUGGACAAGAGUUUUAUUGGUGUGGCUCAGAAACUCAUUCAGAAGCUCUGCGUGGUAGAAGACACUAACUUUACUGUAGCAGGGCACAUCCUCGUCCAGCUGACAGCCACCCUGAGGAACCUGGCAGAUCAUCCUGAUUCUCGUCCACUUUUUGUUUCCUUGUCUAUACUGCCAGCACUCUGCUUGGUGCUGCACCAUCACUGUGAAGACCAGGAUAUCUGCACUAACAUUUCUAGAAUUUAUAGUAAGCUCUCCUCUUAUUCUGAGUGCCGUCUGGCUUUGGCUCAGACUCCGGACUGCUACCCGUUGUUUUUAGAACUGCUGAACAAACAUCACCAAAAACAGGACCUUGUUGUGCGUUUUCUCUUCACCCUGGGAAACCUCACCGCCAAAAGUGACGAGCCCCGGCAGCAGCUCUUCCAGUGCAGCAGCUGCGUGGACACGCUCCUCAGACUUUACAGCAGCUACCAGAGGAGAGACGUGCCGCCCUGUGGAGCCUCUGCUGCUCCUCCCAUCAGUGCGCAGGAGGCUGACGAUGUCCUGGUGAAACUGGUCAGGGUGCUAGCCAACAUGUGCAUCCACCCGACUGUCGGCCCAUCACUGGCAACGAACCCAACUUGCAUCCAGCUUCUGAUUGAGACCCUGGAGCUGCGGUGCGUGCAGGAGAGCGAGGAGCUGCUGGUGAAUGUGGCCGCCACCAUCAACAACCUGUCAUUCUACAACGCGGACAACUCCGAGAUCAAACACAAUCAGCUCGCCAUCGCAAAGUCAAUGUUGAAGUUGGUGCUAAGCAACAGUAUGGACGCCAUGUUAGAGGCCACCCGUGUCUAUGGAAACUUGUCACAGUACAAGGAUGUGAGAGACUUCAUAAUGCAAAACAAAGUGCAUCAGUUUGUGGUGACGCUGCUCGACUCAAAGAGCCCUGAGAUGUGUUUUUCAGCCUGCGGGGUCCUAACCAACCUGGCUUUGGACCCUCCCAACAGGAUCAGUCUUGCACUUGAGGGGGCUUUUGCAAAGCUGGUGGACUGCCUGAGAGAUUUCGGACCUGAAGACUGGCAGCUGGCGGGCCAGGCCUGUCAGGCUGUGUGGAACCUGACUGGUGGCGUAUCUGAGAAGCGCUUGGACACACAACAACAAGAGGCCCUGCUUGAGAUCCUGACCACAUACUUAGAAGAGGACGCUCCAAAGUGGAUGGAAAAUGAAGAUGCAAGGGGCUUCCACUUUGCAUGCUGGGAGUUGGAGUUCCUACCUGUUGCUCAGAAAUUGAAAAAGGCCCUUCAGUGUCCAGACCCGCUCACAGUUUAGAGUUUUGUGUUGUUUUGUCUAACUCUGCUUUAAACAUAUAAUGAAUUUAAUAAAUGCUUGAUGUGAAUUAUUUUCUAAAGGCAGCUUACUUCAGAUGACGAGGCAAGUUGGAGGUAUAAUAGAAGUGAUUUCGACAACGAGCCACAGUAAAGUGUUAAAACUUCUGCUCUGAUAAUCCUUCUAGUAUGUUCAGUAUGCUGCCGUCAUUAUUUUACAACCAUAUGACUGCAGACUACAGAGUCUAAAGCUGACAGCAGCAGCUGCCUUUCACAAGGGAUGAAGUUACAGACUUUUUAAAGUCAGCAGUUUGUGGAAAUGAAACAAAUCAUAAACAAAUGGUCUCAGGUUCAAGCUUGGUGAAUAUCACAUGUAAUAAUGCAGAACCUGUUAAAACAGGCUCAACUUUGUCAAAAGUACACUGUGUUGUAAAGUUAAUUCAGUAGUCUUAAAUGUGUGACCUAGAAUUCACCUCAGACGUAAUUCUUUUACUGUCUCCAUGACAUUGGAGCCUGUGUGUAAUAAAGCGAAACGGAAGAAAAGCUCAGAAACAUUUUUAUUU